AUGUGCCGCUGUGCCUGUUGCCCGCCGUCUGUGCCGCUGUUGCAUGCCGCCGUCUAUGUGCCGCUGUGCAUGCCGUCUGACGUCUAUGUGCCGCUGUUGCGUACCGCCGUCUGUAUGCCGCUGUGCAUGCCGUCGUCUAUGUGCCGCUGUGCAUGCAUGCCGCCGUCUAACGUCUAUGCCGCUGUUGCAUGCCGCCGUCUGUGUGCGUCUGUUGCCGCUGCCGUCUGUGCCGCUGUUAUGCCGCCGUCUGUGCCGCUGUUGCUGUGCCGCCGUCUAUGUGCCGCUGUUGCAUGCCGCCGUCUGACGUCUGUGUGCCGCUGUGCAUGCCGUCUGUCUGCCGUCUGUAUGCCGCUGUUGCAUGCCGCCGUCUACCGCUGUUGCCGCUGUAUGUGCCGUCUGACGUCUGUAUGCCGCUGUUGCAUCUGUUGCCGCCGUCUAUGUCUGUGUGCCGCUGUUGCCGCCGUCAACGUCUGUAUGCCGCUGUGCAUGCUCUAUGCCGCUGUCAUGCCGUCUAUGUGCCGCUGUUGCAUGCUGUCUAUGCCGCUGUGCCUGCCGCCUAACGUCUAUGCCGCUGUUGCAUGCCGCCGUCUGUGCCGUCGUGCCGCUGUUCAUAUGCUGUGCAUCUGCCAGGUAUCUUGCAUGCAUGCUGUUGCCGCUGUGCAUGCCGCCGUCUAUGCCGCUGUUGCGUGCCGCCGUCUAACGUCUAUGCCGCUGUGCAUGCUGUGCCGCCGUCUGACGUCUAUGUGCCGCUGUUGCAUGCUGUGCCGCCAUAAACCGCCGUCUGUAUGCCGCUGUUGCCGCCGUCUGGUUCUGUGCCGCUGUUGUCUGUUGCCGCCGAUACCGCCGUCUAUGCCGCUGUGCAUGCCAUAA